AUGGUAACACUUCCUCGAACACUCGUCCAAGAGAAUCAGUAUUCUAACAAAAGUCUUCAGCCUCCAAAGCGCAAAGCUCCCGCUGCCGGCGGAACCUCCGCGCCCAAGACGCGCCAGUCCAAACUCGCAAAAGAGCACAACGUCACUGCGCAAGAAGAGGGCGAGAUCCGCGAGGCGUUCAGCCUUUUCGCGGAGCCUAUGGAUGGCGAGAAACAUGGUGUCUUGCCCAUUGACGACGUCAAGUCUGCGCUCAUAGCCCUCGGCGUCCCGCCAUCAUCGCACGCAGAACUCAAAGAAUUCAUCUCGAUUCUCGACCCCGAAAACGACGGUUACGCUACAUUCGAGCCAUUCUUCGCCAUCUGCGCCCUCAAGUUCCACAGCCGAGAGCAUGACUCUGAUGCGCACCGCGCCGAGGUCGAGGAGGCGUUCCGGCUGUUCACGAACGGGCAGGACGGUCCGAUCACGCUGGCGCACUUGCGGCGCGUGGCGGCUGUGCUGAAGGAGGAUGUGGAUGAGGAACUCCUCAAGGAUAUGAUUCUCGAGGCGAACGGUGGCGUGGGCGUUGCUCGAGGUGUUGGUGUUGAGGAAUUUGAUGGAGUUAUGAAGAGCGCUGGUGUUUGGAGGUGA